GGCGGGCGGCGGCAUGGAGGAGCUGAGCAGCGUGGGCGAGCAGGUCUUCGCCGCCGAGUGCAUCCUGAGCAAGCGGCUCCGCAAGGGCAAGCUGGAGUACCUGGUCAAGUGGCGCGGCUGGUCCUCCAAACAUAACAGCUGGGAGCCAGAGGAGAACAUCCUGGACCCGAGGCUGCUCCUGGCCUUCCAGAAGAAGGAACAUGACAAGGAGGUGCAGAACCGGAAGAGAGGCAAGAGGCCAAGGGGCAGGCCAAGGAAGCACACGGUGAUGUCAUCCUGCAGCAGGCGCUCCAAGCUCAAGGAACCUGACGCUCCCUCUAGAUCCAAAUCUAGUAGCUCCUCCUCUUCUUCCACGUCUUCCUCCUCUUCCUCAGACGAAGAAGAUGACAGCGACUUAGAUGCCAAGAGGGGCCCUCGAGGCCGCGAGACCCACCCGGUGCCUCAGAAGAAAGCUCAGAUCCUGGUGGCCAAGCCUGAGCUUAAGGAUCCCGUUCGUAAGAAGCGGGGCCGCAAGCCCCUGCCCCCAGACCAGAAGGCAACCCGGAGACCUGUGAGCCUGACCAAGGUGCUGAAGACCGCCAGGAAGGAUCUCGGGGCCCCAGCCAGCAAGCUACCCCCUCCACUCAGUGCCCCUGUGGCAGGCCUAGCAGCCCUGAAGGCCCACGCCAAAGAGGCCUGUGGGGGUCCCAGCAACAUGGCAACACCGGAGAACCUGGCCAGUCUGAUGAAGGGCAUGGCUGGCAGCCCCAACCGCAGUGGCAUCAGCUGGCAGAGCUCCAUUGUGCACUACAUGAAUCGGAUGAGCCAGAGUCAGGCCCAGGCCGCCAGCAGACUGGCACUGAAGGCCCAGGCUGCCAGCAAGUGUGGCCUCGGGCUGGACCUCAAGGUGAGGACGCAGAAAGGGGAGCUGGGGGUCAGCCCCCCAGGAAGCAAAGUCCCAAAGGCCCCUGGCAGCGGGGCUGCAGAGCAGAAAGGGAACAGCACAGGGGGGCCCCCCCACAGCAGCAGCAAGGCCCCUGCCAGGUGCCUGGGCUCCCAGCCAGCACCUACCCAGGAGCUGAGCCUGCAGGUCUUGGACUUACAGAGCGUUAAGAACGGCAUGCCUGGGGUGGGUCUGCUUGCUCACCAUGCCACAGCCACCAAGGCUGUCCCUGCCACCAGCCCAGCUGCAGGGAAGGGCAUUGGGGGUGGCCCCACGGGGGUGAGUGGGGCCGGCAUGCCCACAGACACCAGCAAAGGUGAGAAACUGGCCUCCAGGGCGGCAGCUCUUCCCAUCCCUUCGGGUAAGAGGGACAGUGUCAAGGGCAGUGUCGCCCCCAGUGGGCAGGACGGCCAUGCUGCGGCCCCAGAAGUCCGCAAGGCUGCUGCACUGUCUGAAAUGAGCACCGGUGAGGAGAACAGCAGCUCUGACUCGGACCCUGACUCAUCCUCACUGCCAGGCGCUGGACAGAACCUGUCCGUGUCUGUUCAGACCAGCCACGACUGGAAACCCACCCGAAGCCUUAUCGAGCAUGUCUUUGUCACUGAUGUCACAGCCAACCUCAUCACUGUCACAGUGAAGGAGUCCCCCACCAGCGUGGGCUUCUUCAACCUGAGACAUUACUGA